CAGUGACAUCUUGAGGAAGUUGAAGCCCUUCAUUCCUCCUCUCUGCUCCACCUACAAGCUACAGCUCUGUGUGGCUUCAUGCUUCCCAGCAGAAACAGAAUCUUUCAUCUGACUUGUCCUGCUCACUGGUUGGGAUUAUUUUUGACCCCUCGUCCGGACACAAACCCCUCUGGUAUGGCCAUUUCUGUUUCCCUCCAGUGCCUCGGUCUCAUUAUGCUCGCAGCUAUCCUCCUGCAGACCGUCGCGGUCGCCGUGAGUUUCAUGUACUUCAACAAAGUCCUGAACACGAUGCAGGAAAACUUUUCCCGGAGCAGUGUGUCCUGUCUGAUAAACGCAAAGCUGGAGUCGGAGGUCGAGGAUUCACCAGCCGAGGACAGAAAAAGUGACCCGUGCUGGCAGGUCACACAGCAGCUGCACCGCCACAUAGAGAAGAUUGCUGACAGAUUCCAGAGGGAGAUAUCCACCGCUAUGAGAAAUAAGCUGACAGGGGUGCUGCCAAUCUUGGUCCGAGGGGUCCCACUUCCUAAAGUCGCGGCGCAUGUGACCGGCGUGGCCUUGUCCACCAAGGAUCCAGCAGCGGAGAGCUCGUGGAACAGCAGGGGGUACUUUGGGGAGCGUAUCUUAUUAUGGGAGGGCCAGAGAGGUCUGUCCUUCCUGCAGAACAUGGAGCUGAAAGGAGGUGAGUUGCUGGUGCCCAAAGCAGGCCUCUACUACAUCUAUGCCCAGACCUACUUCAGACUCCCUUCUAUGGGGGAGACAGAGGAGGACGGGUCAGAAGACGAGGGAGCAGAACUGGUCCAGUACAUAUACAAAAAGAUGAGCUCCUACACGGGACCUAUCUUGCUGAUGAAAUCAUCCCGGAGUGUCUGCUGGCCCAGAGGUCAGGAGCCAGGCCUCUUCUCUCUGCAUCAGGCCGGCACCGCCUUCCUUCAGCCUGCCGACCGCCUUUUUGUCACCGUUAGCAACGCUAGCACCACGGAGAUGGACGGGAGGGCAAGCUACUUUGGGGCUUUCCUAGUGGGAUAAAGGAAAAAAGAGAAAUGGACACGAGGUUAACCAGAAAAUCAGGGCUUUGAUGACAGCACAAGCAGCUGUCUGAAGAUAAGACCAGAUGUUAAAAGAAGUGUUUAAAAAGCGUCUUACGGACCAUGCUGCUGCAGGACUGUGAUAUAAGGUUGCUUUCUAUUGAGAGCAGUGAUUUGUAUUGACUGCAUGUGAAACAGUCCGAGCCAAGUUGCCAUUCCCAGGUAAUAAAGUGUUUAAAUCGGGCGUGUCCAAAGUGCAGGUCAGGGGCCAUUUCUGGCCCUCGAAGGGGUUUUGUGCGGCUCCCAACUGCAUUUCUAGACUCAUGAAUUUAGUCUCUCCAGCAGGCUGUGGAUGUAGAGCUACAUUUUUAUGUUCAGUGUUUCACUAAUAUGUUUACUGGGACCUAUUUUGAGGAGUAAAAGUGAAAUAUCUACAUAAUAAAACAAUUGCAUUGUUUAUUAAGGAAAUAAAUCACGUUUUUGUGGCCCGUGAGGACUACUGUCUUGCCAAAUUUCGCUCUUCUCUUGAAAGUUUUGGACACCCCUGGUUUAAGUGAUGCUAAAUGAGCAUAAAAGCAUGUCAUAGCUCAAGUUUGCAUCAUCAGUGUUUGCAAGCUUCCAAACUGCUUAAAGUACUAAAGGGUUAAAUUAACUUUUUUAGAGUCUUGAAUGAAGGCAUGUUGACUGUCGAGUUUCCAGAGCUCUGAGGGGGAAUCACUGACAUCAUAGGCAUGAAUUGUGUACCUACAGUAUUUUUAAGUAAUAAGCACAAAACCUAAAUGGUCCCACAGUUACUUGGUAUUUUAUCAUUCUCUAUGUGAUUUUGUGAAUGUACAAAUUUCAUUUAUUUUCUCAGGGUGGAACUGUGGCAGCGAUAUACUGUGCAGGUGUGUUUCCAUUGUUUCAGUAAGCAUUACAUUCCAGAUUUGUACUUGCCUGUGCACUAAAUAAAAUAUAUUUAUCCA